GCCGUAGCCACUGUACCUCCCACCAUGUGACCGUACAUCUCUCUCCAUUUACCAUAAAUCAUACUCCGUCCGGCGUAGUUUAGCACUUUUUUCCAUUAGAAUUCGGCGAUUUUUGUGUCGUUUUGGCGAUAUAUUUUUCAGGAAAUUCAUUCUAGUAGCUUUAGAGCUUGUUUCUCGAAGAAACGACCUUUCUAGCGCCAAUAUUCAGUUCUCGAGACUCUCUUCGGGAUAUACAGUUUUCCUUGAGGCAUCCAUUUGAAUUUCUGAAAAAGAAUGAGCAAAAACGAUUCAGUAGGCGAUUUGCCUGCCCAAUUGGGGAAUUUACAGCUGCAUGGAAACCAGAGGGCCGCUGUUUUUGCGAGAACUGGAGCCGGUGCUGGUCUUGAUGCAGGUGUUGGUGCAGGUAAUUCAAAACAUGUCGCAUCAUCAAAGGUUGGAGACCUUGGAACUCGGCCGGGAGAGCCAGCAAGGUCGUCCUCCUUGCGAAAUGAAGUGAAACGCGAAGAUGUGCCAAAAUUGCUUCGUCGGAGCAGCUCAAAACCUCAAAAAACUAUAGACGGAAAUAAUGCUACGGGAACAGCAGCUGCUUCGAUUCCUCAGAUGCCUCCUCCUAAGGCGGCUCGUUCUGGUGUUCCUACUGCUCCAGUCACUCCCACUGGCUCCGGUAAACCAUCUCAUCAUAAUUCACUUCGUUCAACUGCCGCCCAGAACGCAGCUGCUCCCGCUACGGCAGCCCAGGAGCAACCAACGACGCCUUCACGUAACCCCAUGUCCCGUUUGCAGCGCAUCUUUUCACAGUCGGGUCGGUCGAACGCCGACGUUCAUCGAAAUAACAGUAAGGGCAGUAAGAAUGCUCAUGGUGAUGAGGCCAGUGUGUCUGGCAGCGAGGGUGGUAAUUCUUCGGCAAACCCUCCCAACUCCGCUGGCAGCUAUGGAAAGUUUCAGCGUUUUGUUGUCUAUGCCGACAACACACACGUCCAUCAUUUGCGUCCCGCCCGUCGUCAAGAGAAGCUCAGCAAAAUGCUAAAGGAUUUCCUGGCCGGCAAUAGCAAGAAGCGAGAGGAGGAGCGUAUUGCUCGCGAGCAAGCCGAUGCCCAACAUCAACUGAGUCUUGUACAGUCUUGGAUUAACGGCUAUGGUCAAGAAAAGCUGUCUGAAAAGAAGGAUCCCGCUAAAAUUUCUGCCAGCUUUGUGGAGAAGUAUGGUCGGUGCCAGGAGGUGAUCGGCCGCGGUGCCUUCGGCAUUGUUCGUAUUGCACACAAAGUAGACCCUCGUUGUUCGCAGGGAGAGAUUCUUUACGCAGUGAAGGAGUUCCGUCGGAAGCCGUCUGAGUCGCAAAAGACUUACACGAAGCGUCUGACCUCCGAGUUCUGCAUCUCGUCCUCCCUUACUCACCCCAAUGUAAUCCACACCCUGGAUCUUAUCCAAGACAACAAGGGUGAUUACUGCGAAGUGAUGGAGUUCUGUGCUGGCGGCGACCUGUACACUCUGAUUAUGGCCGCAGGAAAACUAGAACCCGGCGAGGCAGAUUGUUUUUCCGUUCAACUUAUGCGUGGUGUCGAGUACAUGCACGACAUGGGCGUUGCUCACCGUGAUCUGAAACCCGAGAAUCUGCUACUCACCGUCAAUGGCAGCCUAAAAAUUACGGAUUUCGGCAACGGCGAAUGCUUCCGUAUGGCAUGGGAAAAGGAGGCACACAUGACCUGUGGCUUGUGCGGUUCGGCUCCCUACAUUGCACCUGAAGAAUACACGGAGAAGGAAUUUGAUCCCCGCGCCGUAGAUGUUUGGGCAUGCGGUGUUAUUUACAUGGCCAUGCGUACUGGACGUCACCUCUGGCGUAUUGCUAAGAAGGAUGAGGAUGAAUACUAUUCUCGUUACUUGAACGACCGAAAGAACGAAAGCGGUUACGAGCCAAUUGAGAUGUUACAACGGUCGAGGUGUCGCACGACUCUAUACAACAUUCUUCAUCCCAAUCCAACUUACCGUCUGACAGCGAAGCAGAUCAACAAAACCGAAUGGUGCCGUUCGAUUGUUGUUUGUGAGAGCGGUCUCAAGGGCCUGUAGCGGGCGACACCGAACUCGUCUUCUUUUUCCCCAUCUAACGUGUCGGGUUGAUGCAUGUUUCCAUGCCAUCAAGUUUUGUGUAUAUCGUUUGCACCCGGUGGGUCCCUUAUGAAACGUUGAGAAGAAGGCGAGAACAGUUAUGCAUGCUUUAGCUUACAUCUCUCAAUUCACACCUAAAGCACUAUCCAGUUGCGGUUGUCGCACCACUCAACGCAAUCAUCACUUUCGAUCGCGUGCCUCCUUCCUCCCUACCGUGUGCAGUCAGAAUUCCCUUCACUGUGUGUAUAGAAACUCGUGCAUCUUAUAACGUGCCUUAAUUCGUUUCGCAUGUGCCCAAACGCUUCCCACAUUUGCUAUACCUCGGCAAACUAACCAUUCAGUCACUCGUUUAAACAAUCCAUCCUCCGUCCCCUCCUCAAAUUGAAG